AUGGGUGUCGAUACUGUCAUCUCGACCGUACUGGGCAAUCCCCAACUCCGCCUAAUAGAAGCGGCUGUACAGUGCCGGGUUCGUCGCUUUGCACCUGCGGAAUUCGAAGGUCAGCCAGUUCAGCGAGGCCAGAACGCGCUCCUCGAUCGCGGCCGAAACUCUGCGAUGGCCUUACUGCACCACUACCGCACCAACAUACAGUAUACGGUCUUUGUCUGUGGCAUACUGUAUGAGCGCUUCUCGGUGAACGGGAUGAUGUCUCAUCGCCUUGGGACUCAUAGCGGCUAUGGCAACGAGGGAGACUUCAUCGCCGACCCACGGCAAAUGACUUCGAUGGCACCGAUCUACGACGCAAAUCAAAACCUCUCCUGUAUCUGCCUGACAUCCGCAUACGACGUGGCACAGUUCGUGGUUCGUGCCCUCGACAUGCCAACUUGGCCUUCCGAGAUGAGCAUGUGUGGUGAGCGUAUGACUGUCCAUGCCUUGGUCGAGGCUAUCAGGGCGUGCCGAAACCGACCAUGGGCUAGCAUCGACUACCAAGCCCCUGCCAGUACGCAGGUGUUCUUUACAACAUUCAUGCAGUUGCUGACCGACUGCGCAGAUCUCGAGUACCAAAUGACGAUGGCUCAACUAGGAGGAGACACAGCCGGACAGAGGCGGCUCGCACCGCUCCUCGCGACAGCAGAGGGGCGCUAUGAUUUUGCGGUACCCGCCUACCUCAACUCAGUCUACCCAGACGUGCAGGUCACUCGUUUCCAAGACUGGUUCCUGCGCAACUGGGCCUCGAUACCCACAAACACAUUCAAAAUGGUUUCUUCUCAGCAAGGCUACGCUCCCACCACCGUCGACAUGAAGGGUAACACCCAAGCUGUCAACGAGGCUCAGUCCAACCUCCCUCUCCCCGAGCAGCCCCCUGUCGCCUCCGACUUCAACUCUGCCGAUGCCAGCACCGUCAACGUUGGCUCCGGUCGCCAAGAAGCCUCUUUCGCCUCCGGCGGUGGUGCCAUCCGCGAACCCGCUGUCGGUGCUGGCGGUGUUUCCGGACGUGAGGCCAAGGAUGGCCUUGGUGGCAUCCCCAACGACGCUGUCUCGCGCGAGGCUAAGGACAAGGCUGGUCUUGCCGACACCACCAACAAGGACUACGGAUACCCACAGAAGAACGACCCCAGCUCGGGCGCCAAGCAGUAG